GACAACAGAUACAUAUGAGCAGCUAACUGAAUCUGAAGUAAAAAAGAAGAGAGGAUGGCAUGAUGUAGACGGAGGAGUCAUUCCAGGACAAGCACCUCUUCAGGAUCUCAUACAACCUAACAGAGAGUCUGUUGGUAUCCAGCUACUGAGAAAGAUGGGAUGGCGACAUGGUCAGGGAAUUGGACCUAGGCAGAAAAAAAAGCAGGGUGCGAAGAAAAUAUAUGGCUGCUCCCUGCCACAGACAGAAGAGGGCCAGUCCAGUGAGGAUGAGUUUGCACAAGAACACUUUUUUGCUCCGAAGGACAUUGAAUCUUUUAAAUUCCGAGCAAAAGAUAACCUACAUGGCAUCGGAUACAAAGGAAUUGAUGCGAGAACAGCAAUGUUCGGUGGACACGAGAAUAUAAAUCUUUUCGAAGACCAGUCAAUACCGAGCAAGAGCUCAUCUGGAAAAAGGGGCAUUAGGGGUACA